ACGAAAUUGCGUUUCCUCAUCGGCCUAUUUUCGGGUUUGGACCGUUUCGCACAACAAUCUGGUAACGUUACCUGUAGACGCAGAAGUCACAUCUCUUUAAUUACUACAUUGCAGAAAGAAGAUUAAUUAGUUAUUUUGCUACAUGGUUAUAUCAUGAAUAGCUGUUAUAGUAAGAAGUCCAGCGCUCAGUAGUGGUGUCCAGCAUCAGGCAUGUCGGAGUCCGGUCACAGUCAGCCCGGUUUGUACGGUCAGGGAAAGAGGAGGAGGAGACGGCGAGACCGAGACCCAGGAGGACCACCGGGUCAAAACCUCUCCGGCCCCAGCCGGGAUCGAGACUAUGUUCCCCGCGAGCGCAGGGAUGGAAGUGAGGAACCUACACCUCUUCUACAGAAGACUCCCAUUAUUCUUGCUAAACCUCCUGGAGAGCGAUGCAAACCAAGUGCUCCAGCAAGUGGAGCCCCAUCUUCGGAAAAGCCAGUCAUGUUCAUUAAAACCAGAGAUGAAGGGGGGAAACCUGGAAACCCUCCUGAUGUGGCUCCUUCAGUCUCAGGUGUAGGAACUGCCAAACUGGAGAGGGAAGGCCAGCGGCCGACCCAACCUGUGUAUCAGAUCCAGAACCGAGGCAUGGGCUCCGCUGCAUCCGGAGGAGCUGUGGAUCCUGUGAUUGGCCAGACUAAACUCCUCCCCCCUGAGAAGAUGAAAAACAGCAUUAAACUGGUGGACGACCAAAUGAAUUGGUGUGACAGCGCUAUGGAGUACUUGCGAGACCAGACGGAUAUGUUAGUAGUGGGAGUUAUUGGGCUACAAGGCACAGGCAAGUCCACAAUCAUGUCUCUCCUGUCUGCAAACAGCCCCGAGGAGGACCAGAGGGCGUAUGUGUUCAGAGCUCAGGCGCAGGAGAUCAAGGAGAGAGCUGGGAACCAGAGCAGCGGAAUCGAUUUCUACAUCACUCAGGAGAGGGUGAUCUUUCUGGACACGCAGCCAAUUUUAAGCCCAUCUAUUUUGGAUCAUCUCAUUAAUAAUGACCGCAAGCUUCCGCCGGAAUACAGCCUUCCACACACGUAUGUGGAGAUGCAGUCUCUGCAGAUCACUGCCUUCCUCUUUACCGUGUGUCAUGUUGUGAUUGUGAUUCAGGACUGGUUCACGGAUAUCAACUUAUAUAGGUUUCUGCAGAGUGCUGAGAUGCUGAAACCCUCGACUCCAUCAGCCAGUCAUGACAGCACCAGCUCCUCAGGGGCAGAUGAUGGCUCGGAGUAUUAUCCUCACAUAGUGUUCUUGCAGAACAAAGCACGGAGGGAGGAGUUCUGUCCACGAAACCUGAAGAAGAUGCACAUGGCAGUUGACAAGCUUAUGGCCCAUUCCCACCUAAAAUAUAAAGGCACAUUAUCCAUGCUGGAUUGUAACAUAUUCCCAGGACUGAAUCGAGAUUACUUGGAGACAGAAGUCAAUCUUUUCCUGUUACCUAUGAUGGAGAAUGAUGGGGAAGAUGCUUUGACAAGAGCAGGUUCAGGUCCCCCUCUUUUCUCUCUGCUGCCUGGGUACAGAGGUCACCCCAGCUUUUCUUCACUGGUUUCUAAAUUCCGCAGCCAGAUCCUGGCUAUGUCCCGCAGCCAGCUCUCUCACACAAUUCUCACUGAGAAAAACUGGUUUCACUAUGCGGCUAGAAUUUGGGAUGGUGUUAAGAAAUCAUCUGCGCUCUCUGAAUAUAGCCGGCUACUUUCAUAGUCAUGAUGGUCUCACAAUAACUGUGGGUUUAUUAUUAAAGAGGACUGGGCUCCUGCUCGGAUGAUUUCAGACUGGAUACAGUUCUCAAACAGAAGAUUGGGCCACAGAAAUGCAGUAGCGCUGAAUGAGGUUUAACCCUCUUCUUCUGUGAUGUCUGGAUCAGUGGAGUAAUUUGAGAGUUGUGCACAAGUUGGUUGUUCUAUGAAAAUUAGCAGGUGCCUGCCAGGGUCCAUCCAGUCAUGUGUUAAACUCAUUUUGUUAUUGCAAGAGUUAAAAUGCAAAGAUUUAGUGAUGUAAACAUUUUAUUUAUACAGUAAAAAUGUGCAGAAAGCUUUGGUCUUCAUAUUUGUUUUUUAGCAGAUGUAAAUAAAAUGGUUUGUCAGCACA